AUGGACGAGGGACAGCCACCACCCGAAGACGUGGUUGCCCCUCACACAGGCGCUCCACUCAAACGCCCACGAGCUGACUCGGAAAGUACGGCGUCGAUCGAGUCCAACCACUCUGCCCGCACUUUGGCUUCGGACGAUUUGGAAUAUUUUCAUGAAAAUGGACGAACAUACGGCAACGAGACAUACUAUCUGCCAUGUGUGUACAAGCCACAUAACGAUUUCAUAGAACAGGAUCGUUUGUCUUUACAACAUGAAGUCUUCGUUCGAGCACUUCACGGCAAGCUUACCACUGCGAAGUUAUUGCCCACCACGCGAAGGAUCCUCGACUUGGGUACAGGUCCAGGUCACUGGGCUGUUGCCAUGGCGCGUCAAUACCCACAGGCGGAAGUCGUCGGGAUAGAUAUGACUGAAUGGGAUAUUGAUACCACUGAAGCCACGUUAGGCGAUGCCAGUGUGACAUGGGAGCUGGACGAUCUCGACGUCUGGGGAAAAGAAAUGGACGUUGACGAGCUGAUCAAUCAGCUCUCGACUCUCGACUUGGCUACCGAAUUGGCUCAUCGGAAUCCAGUUGAGUCGCUCAGGAAGCCAAAAUCAACAGUCGACCUCAAUCAACGUGGAGGAUCAAGUACUCCAGAAGAGUCUCUGACUAUUGACCUCUCGACUCUCACCCCCCAACCCGAACCCGGCUGGCAUUUCAGCGAUUCUUUCGAACUCAUACAUCUACGAAACAUGAAAGGCUCCUUCACUCAUUGGGAAGAAGUCUAUGCAGAGAUAUAUAAGAGCCUCUCGCCUGGCGGGUGCAUUGAACUUGCAGAUUGGGAUCUGGGCCAGGUGCCACUGGGUCCGGGUGAGAUUACGGCAGCAAACAUACCCAUGCCUACUCUUCGUAAACUGUAUGUGGCGUUUAUGGAAGCAUCGUUCAAGUCCGGUCGUCCGCUCGGUCUCUUCUACAUGCAUCACACUUAUCUCGAAGAAGCGGGAUUUGAAGACAUUCGAACAACCCACGUCAAUGUCCCAGUCGGGCGAUGGCCACAGGACGAGGCGCAAAAGUCGCUUGGUAAGAUGAUGUUUGUGUUGGGUAUGGAGAUGUUUGAACCGGUUUGCUUGCGCCUCUUGACGACAUGGGGUAGUAAGGGAAGGGUCUGGACUGCCGAAGAGGUCAGGGCAGAUAUUGCAGUGGCACAACAAGAAGUCAAAGAAUAUGUCGAGCGAUCUGAACGUGGAGAGGUGGAGGGCUGGUGUGCAAGCUUCAAGUGGGUCACUGCCAGGAAAAGCUGGCACGCUGAGAAAAACGAUGCUGCAGGUGAACUAUCACACUGCUUUUCGCUUUUCCACAAUCCAAACAUGUCUGUAAACCUCUCAGCCAAUAUGCUCUUCGGAGUCAAUGGUAUCGUAGCCGUCAUCACAGGAGGAGGAUCGGGAAUCGGUCUGAUGAUGACCAAGGCCCUGGCAGCCAAUGGUGCCCGUCGCAUAUACAUUGUCGGCCGCCGCAAAGACGUACUCCGCUCAGCUGCAGAGAGCAUCAACCCCGAAAUCGUGAUCCCACUGCCUGGCGACGUCACAUGCCGCGAGUCUCUCCUCGGGAUCGCAAAGCAGGUAGAGGCCGAAACCGGCUGCAUCAACCUUCUCAUCUGCAAUGCCGGAAUAAUGGGUCCCAAGCCGCUCAAAGCAGCACCGGGUGCCCCUCUACCGUCGCUCUCAGAAUACAGAGCACACGCUCUCGAGACGCCCAUGGAGGAAUUUACAAACGUAUAUGCGGUGAAUACCACAGCUAUAUACUACACUACUCUCGCCUUUCUCUCCCUACUCGACGCCGGAAACAACAAGAACAACAUGGGCGCAGACGUCGGCUCCCAAGUCAUAACGACAUCGAGUAUUGGCGGCUUCUCGCGCUUAUCUGGUGCCUCGUUCGCCUACAACAGCAGCAAAGCAGCCGUUACGCACAUGACGAAGAUGCUUGCUACAUCGUUUGUUCCGUACGGCAUUCGCUGCAAUGUGCUUGCGCCCGGUAUCUUUCCCUCUGAGCUUGCGAUAGGAAUUAUUGGGGCGUUGGACCCAGGGAAGACUGGAGAGAUGGAUAAGAAUAUUGUGCCGGCAGGAAGAGCGGGGAGGGAAGAGGAUAUUGCGGGUGCGAUGCUGUUCAGAUUUCCGUACCUGAGUAACGGAAGCCCCACUAGCGCACUUUCCCCUGCAUGUUGCGGAGUUGAAGCCACACCUCCGCACCAGCUUGCUAAACCUCGACUACGAUGCGCGCGUGCUGACCACGCGACAAUGCCUGCACAAACACACAGGCUCAACUCAAAUGAGCUUUUGAACAAGCCUGGCUUCCUCGGCGCUGCAGCGCGCUUCUGGCAGCGCUCGUAUGCUUCGGACUAUGUUGGCAUUGCGAUCCUGACAUGCGGGUAUAUAUUGGCACAGAUACAAUUCCUCGCCGAACCCUUCCACCGCAUGUUCUUCCUCGACAACCUCGCCAUCGGCUACCCACACGCAGAAGUAGAGCGAGUGCCAGUCUCAUGGCUCUUCAUAUACGCCGGCGCGGUGCCCCUUGGUGCACUCAUCGCCUGGGCUCUCAUCCUCCGACCCGGAACACACAAGGCGCAUGUUACCAUCCUGGGCUGGUUCAUCAGCAUGAUCUUGACCAUGUUCAUAACAGACGUGAUCAAGAACGCUGUUGGGCGUCCCCGGCCAGAUUUGAUUGCGAGAUGCAAACCCGCUCCCGGGACGCCAGCACAUCAACUCGUCACAUUCGAAGUCUGCACCGAGACAAAUCACCACGUCCUACACGAUGGCUGGCGCAGUUUCCCCAGUGGGCAUAGCAGUUUCUCCUUCAGCGGUUUGGGCUAUCUUGCACUGUUCAUUGCAGGCCAAUGCCACGUUUACCGCCCUCGCGCCGAUCUCGCCCGCGUCCUUCUCGCCCUCGCUCCUCUUCUCGGCGCUGCAUUGAUCGCUAUUUCCCGCUGCGAGGACUAUCGACACGAUGUGUACGAUGUUAGUGUUGGGUCGGUGCUGGGCAUGGCCGUUGCGCAUUACACGUAUAGGAGGUAUUAUCCGGCCCUGAGGAAUAGGCAGUGUGCUACCCCGUUUCCUAAUCCGGCGGACGACAAGGGCUGGGGGAAGAUCAAGGGCGACGAAGAGAGCUUGAGGGCUGCAAGUGAGUUUGAGUUGGAUGACCUUGAUGAGGAAGAUGGUGUGGAGGGAGAAGGGAGGCCGUUGAAUGGGAGACGAUGA